UGCUCUCUCAACAUGCAGUCUGUACUGAGAUAUUUAGACCUGACCUCUGUGGCUCUGGCCUUGCUGGUCGGUCUGGUCUCACUGGUUGUACUGGAGAUCUUCAGGUUGCGUUCCUCAAGGAGACAAUUCCCUCCUGGACCUACACCACUGCCGUUUGCUGGGACUACAUUACUGUUCUUAAAAGAUCCUGUGGGUCUCAUCAGAUCGAUGGUGCAGUAUGGUGAUCUGUCCACCCUGUACAUAGGAAAGAAACCCACGGUAGUGCUGAAUAAUCUAGAUGUGAUAAAGGAAGUUCUGGUUCAGAAUGGGAAUGUGUUCUCUGGAAGGCCGUACAUGCCCAUAAUGGAGUGGAUCACCAACGGAUACGGUAUUGUGAUGGUCACAUACGGUCAUGCGUGGAAGCAACAGCGACGUUUUGCUCUCCACACGCUGCGUAACUUUGGUCUGGGGAAGAAAUCAGCGGAGGAACGAGUGUCUGAGGAAGCGCAAUGUCUCAUCAGAGAGAUUCUCAAACAAGAAGGAAAGGCCUUUAAUCCGAUCCACCUCACCAUGAACGCCGUGUCCAAUAUCAUCUGCUCCAUCGUGUUUGGAGAUCGCUUUGAGUACGACGACCAGCGCUUCGCUAAACUGCUGAAAAUCCUGAAUCAACACGUUGCGCUUGUUGGCUCAUGGGUUGGAUUGAUCGUCAUGUUGUUCCCAUUUUCAAUCCACCUUCCUGGUCCACAUCAGAAGAUCUAUCAGAAUGCCAAAGCUUUUAAAGACUUCAUCCGUGAGGCCAUGGUGGAGCACAGAAAGACGCUGGAUCCUGAAAAUCUCCGCGACUUCAUUGAUGCCUACCUUGUGGAGAUAGACAAGAACAGCUCAAGCGAAGACUCGACGUUUCACGAGGAGAACCUGGUCAUGACGUCCUCUGAUCUCUUCCUCGCUGGAACUGAGACCACAGCAACCACUCUCAGAUGGGGCUUCAUUUUUAUGAUGAACCAUCCAGAAGUUCAAGAGCGCUGCCAUGAGGAAAUCAUUCGCGUGUUGGGUUACGAUCGAGCUCCCACAAUGGACGACCGAGCAAAACUCCCGUACACACACGCCACCGUUCAUGAGAUCAUGCGCUUCGGGGACAUUCUCCCCUCCGGUGUGGCUCACGAAGCCAUGCAGACAACACAGCUACGAGGGUACACCAUCCCUAAGGAAACACUGAUCUUGGCUAAUUUAUCAGCCGUAAUGACGGAUAAAGAUCACUGGAAACAUCCGGACACGUUCAACCCCGAGAACUUUCUGGAUGAGAACGGCCAGUUCUGCAAAGACGACUUCUUCCUGCCUUUCUCUCUGGGUCCGAGGGUUUGUCUCGGCGAGUCUCUUGCCAGGACGGAGCUCUUCAUCUUCUUCACCUCCCUGAUGCAGAGGCUGCAGUUCUCCUGGCCUCCCAAUACACCACCUAUCGAUAUGAAUGGCAUCAUGGGCAUGGUGAAAAUGCCCCAUCAGUUCCAAAUGAUCUGCAGGAGCAGAGAUGUUCAUCAUGUUCAGAUGUAGAGCCUUUAAUAAUUAACAUUGCUCAAUCUUUCCACAGACAAUGACCAAGGUACUAUGUUGUUAUGUAGCCCCACUCUACCUGCUGUACCACCAUACUACCCAGUUCUAUUUUAUAUUUAGUCAUACCACCUGACAUAAUAAACUAAACUAAAUGGCCAAAAGUAUUUGGAUGUGCUCUUCCAGUUAGUUCAGUAGUUCCAGUCAAUUGCUAACAGGUGUAUGAAAUGUUUACCCUGUUAAGCCCUGACCCCAACCCUGUAGCACCUUUCGGAUGAAUUGGAACUAAAUGGCCACAGAUUCCCAAAGAAUGAAGCUGCAUUAUGUCAGGAGUUCAACAUUUAGGUUUCAUUUGAAAGCUACUGUAUUAUAAAACAUGUUGUCAUUUUAAAGGUUUGAGACAGAAAAUCAAGCCAAAAUAUUUUCUUUUGCAUGAUUUUAUAUGGAUAAAUGACCAUUUUAAUGGUUUAUCUGCAUGUUUGAUGUUGCAUCACCUGAUGUUUUAAGAUUUUGAAUAAAUGAAUAAUUGUA